UUAAGGAAACAUGUUGUUCCGGUUGAUAACGGAAAUGGACCGAAAGUCAAACAUGUCGCUAACCUUACACAUGCUAACGUGAACAUCCUGUGAAACACAUUUGGUUAUUUAGUAAGCCUCAAGUGUUGAUAAUUAACGGCGGAUAUUGUUUGUCACUCGAGAGGCAAUGGCUGUUUUGGGAGAAAUAUGUCGAAAUUUCCGGACAGUGUUCGGUCAAAUACAACGAUACGGGCUUCUAGGGACAACAACCUGCCAAAGUGUUAAAUCAGCCCGUUGUUUCAGCCAGCUGGCCCCACAGCCAGCGGAGCCUCUAGCAGACAACAAUGAAGCGGUAAACCCGACAUUCGUUAACAGAAACCCGCGGAACCUGGAGCUGAUGGCCUUCGGGGUCAAAGACAGAGGAUGGAAAACGAUUUGGCCCCAUCGAGAGUUUUACCACAGGUUGGUGUUCUCUCGCAGCCAGCACCAUGUGACAGCCGAGGUGUUCUCUUCCAAUUCUCAAGUUCCUAUUCUAACGUGUUCCACCCAGGAGUGGGCCUUGAAGCGGGAGCUAGGUUCCACCCGCUGUGUGGCAGCGUGUCAGGCCGUAGGCGAGGUUUUGGCCCAGAGAUGCCAAAAGGCUGGCAUCACCAGGAUGGUCUACAGAGCCAUCCCCUGGCAGUACCGCUCCAAUGCUGUUCAGUCAUUCCGGACAGCCAUGAAAGAGGGAGGAAUCACCCUUAGUGAACCACGGAGGAAGUACAUCGGGAUAUAAUAUCGACUACCCACGAACUUCAGGAGCGGGUGUGCUUUGUGCUUGUAUCUGUGAAGACAGACAUUUUUCUAAGUAGUCUGUACAUCGCUUCACACUUCAACGUCAGAACGUCAAAGACACUCAGCACUACUUGGCGCCACUCGAAAGACGCAUCUUAAGAGCAGCGCGGGGCUGAGGUCUGCAUUCACUAAGAUUAUGGUUUGUGAGCGGUGGUUUCCAACUUGGUUGGCAACGAAAAAAUGCAACCCCCUCAUUAAGUGUACAAAUAUUUUAUAUUUAUGUUGAUAUUAAAUGCCAAUAAAGUGGACAGAUGAACAUGG